CCUUCCCCAGGAUGAGACCAGCAGUGCUGAGGGGUCAAGGGAUAUUACCAUAAACUUUUCUCCUUCACUCUCUUACCCCUCAGAGCUUUCCAAGGCCAUGGCCCAGCUCUCCUGCAGGUUUGCCACAUCACUGGCUUAUACACCUGUGGCUCAUCAGAGUGGCCUAGCUGUGGGAUGGUUGGGAGGUGCAAAGAGGCAUGGGACCAGUGCACAGCCUGGGGGCACAGAGAGCCCAGGGAACAGGGUGGGAACAGGGCUUGCCUGCCCCAUGGGAAAAACAGCCAUGUUGUUGUGAACCCACCUGGCAGCGCAGAGCAGGGGGCAAUAUCUGUUCUAUGCAGCUCCAGAUAUGCCAGACACAAGUAAGGGACACUCCUAUCAGGAAUGGCCAAGUGACACGUCCACCUGAAAGGGGGGUACAACAGAGGACUCAGUUCACCCACAUCGCUCAUUGUCAAGGUGCUGCUGCAGCCAUGAGAGACUGCUCCUGCAUGCAAUGGAACAACCUUGCUGACAAUCAAAUUCCCCCAGCACUCACAGCCAUACUCAGGAUUCACCAUCUCACUCCAAGUGGGAACCUCAGAGCCCUCCCCUAAACCUCAGUGCCAGCCCCAUUGGCUGCCAGGGGCAUUAGCACCAGCAGAGCUGCCCGGGCAGAGCCAACCUGAGGAGACCUCUGAGGCCACAUCUCUCAACAGCCUGUUCUUCCUGCUGCUGCACCAACCGCUGCACACUCUGGGCCUCACUGCUGGAACCAUGCAGGCCCCUUGCUGCUGCCUUCUCUCCCUCUUCCUUUACCUCGUCCUCCUCUCUGGGACACGGGCAAACCUCGAGGGGACCUUCACUAUCCGCCUGCUCCAGACCACCACCUUCCAAAACACCUCGUUUGUGGACACGGAGGGGCUGGGCCUGCUGGAAGACAUCGAACUUGGUUCUCUUGAUAAACACACAGGGUCCAUCCAUUUCUGCCAGCCCUGGGUGCACCCAGCCCUGUCCUACGCUGACUGGGACACCAUUAAUAACCUGCUUAAGAUUUAUUUACAGAAGUUCCACCGUCUGAUCAAUGAAGAGGCUGCGCAAAAGGAUGUCCCCUACCCCUUUGUGGUUCAGUGCAUCGCAGGCUGUGUGCUGUACCCCAACAGAACCUCCCAGGCCUUUGCCUAUGUGGGUUACAAUGGUGAGGAUUUCCUCAGCUUCAACACAGAGAACAUCACUUGGACCCUCUCCCAGGACACCAAGUUGUCACGGUAUGUCCAGUCAUUUCUCCAGAACUACACCGCCUUGAGUGAGCUGGUGGAAAUCAUCUUCAACGAUACUUGUGUCGAUGACAUGGAAGUGCUCCUGCAGUAUGGGAGGGAAAUUCUGGAGAGACAAGAGCUGCCCGUGGCCACGGUCUUCGCCCGCACCCCCAGCCCAGCCCAGCUGCUGCUUGUUUGCCAUGUCACUGGCUUCUACCCCCGUCCCAUCAGUGUGGCCUGGCUGCGGGAUGGGCAGGAGGUGCCCCCGGGCCCGGCACUCAACACCAGCAGCAUCCUGCCCAACGCUGACCUCACCUACCAGCUCCGCAGUGUCCUGGCCGUGACCCCCCGUGACGGGCACAGCUACGCCUGCCGUGUGCGCCACCGCAGCCUGGGCACCCGCAGCCUCCUCAUCCCAUGGGGGAACUCAGAAGUGGUGCUGAUCACAGGGCUCACGGCUGGGCUGCUUGCAGCCAUGGCCAUAGCUGCCAUGUUGGUGUUUUGGGUGUGGAGACAAAGAAAGCACCAGCAGAUGCAGGAAUCAGAGUCCAGGAACUCCAUCCUGAGCAAAGAAGCUUAGCUCAGAAGGGAGCCAGCAGUCCCCAUCCCCUCCCACUGCCUUCACAGCAACAAGAACUAUGUUUUUCUGCUUCACCUAACUUCUGAGCAUUGUCAGUUGCAAGACUAACUCAAUUCAGAGAUGCACAAGAGAAACACGGCAAGAGAAACCUGAGGUUUUGACUCACUUGAAUUUUUUAAACAGACAAAAAUGCAAGUCUGAGACCUCCUCACAUGAUCAUCUCUUAGCUCGUGCCACUGACCUGUCUACCCACUGGUGCUCUAGGGCACCUCAGUGCCCAAUGGCAAAUUCUCCUGAUUCUGCUUCAGUAACAGUUUUGUCAGAAGGUGAAAAGCUGUCCCCUUCUACUGUCACUUUGGGGUCCUGUUUUUUCCUUAAAAAUGCCUUUAUUAACCAUACUCCAGAAAUAUUUGUGCUGAGACUGAACUGUUCCACACAGACUAAAAGAACCUGGCCAGAAAUGGCUUUACAAAGUGCUGAGUAACACUGAAACUCUGGUGUAAUGUGUGGGAGCUGCAGAUGUGUAUGAAAAGGAA